CUUGUACAAAAUAUGUUGCCUGAGAAACGAGAAAGCACAACAAAACAGCAAAAAUUGGGAUCAAAGAAUAAAGCGCUACGAGUUUCAAAAUAUAAAUACUUUAAUCAAUCGUUUGAGUAGGAGUAAAUCUAUCUCACAAGUAGACACCACAGAAAUGCUUCAACAAGAACAGCUGUUGAAGGUUAACCGGCCAUGUCCUGAUCCUGACACGAAUGUAGCAAACGAAGCAAGUCCACCUCCCCCCAGUACGUAUCAGAUGCGUCCCACUCUUGAACAGAGCUUCAAAUCCCAAAAGAUCAAAGAAAUUAUCAAUGAUGUUUUAAAUGAUACAUUAAGCGGACAAACCUACACUGCUGUUGAUGCUGCCCGAUGGACCAAAAACCUGGCCGAUGAGAUCAGCCUCAAGGUAAAGGAUUUAGAGAUGAAGCGAUACAAACACGUAGUGCAGGUUGUACUCGGCCAGCAAUUGGGCGCUGGUUGUAAGUAUAUAGCACGGUGUCGAUGGGACGCCGAAUGCGACAAUCAAACGUCGAGCGAGUUCAAAAACGCCACUAUAUUCUGCAUUGUCACUGUAUUCGGUCUGUAUCUGUACUGAUGCAACAGAAUGACAAUAGCGCCCGCAUUUACAUCCCAUGUAUUGUCUGCGACUAAUUUAUUGAGUUCAAUUUAUAACAUUACAUACUGUAUCGAGCGCAGCUUGAAAUAGACGUAGGAUUUAGCUU